CCCCACCUUCGCCCUCUCACACUCGCACCUGUCCGACAGCACGCCGCCGCGAUGCCGGCGCACGGGCCGCGCUGGAUCCGCGAGCAGCCGGCGCGCGCGCUGGCCGAGCGCACCAACUCGUCUGCCUCGUCAUCGUCCGCAGCAGCGCCGCCGCAGAAGCGCGCGCCGGCCAAGCUGGCCUUCUCCGACUCGCCCGCUCCGUCGGCGGCGCGUGCUCUGGCGCGCCGCGGUGCCGCACCGCCGGCCAGCUCGCCGCACGGCAGCACUCCGCGGCUGCGGCAGGCCACGCUCCCGUUCCUGCGCACUGCAGGGCCGUCCGCCGCACCGGGCGGUGGCAGUGGCAGCACGAUGCGCUCGUCGCCCGCGCCGGCGUCGAGGCCAGCCAAGCGGCCUGCGUCUUCUCCUCUCUCCUCUGAGAACGAGGCGGCAGCAACUACCGAUGCGCCGGUACAGCGUCGGCGGCUGCGCAAGCAGAGCGUACUUGCCGACGCCGUGCCUGCCAUCGCGGCGGCCUUUGGGCCCGCGCCGCCCUCGAGUCUUCGCAAGCAGCCGCUGCCACAAGACGAGAACAGCGAGCCCAGCAGCCCCGAAAGUUCGCCGCCACGCCGCGCUGCGAUGCAUCAGUCGCGCUCAGCUGUGGCCUCGUCGUCGCACCAGCCGCGGCCGCGCCGCCCGCUGCAGUCUCGAGCGCUGGCAGGGCCCAGCACGCCCCAGCACGCCAACACGUCGCCGCUCAAGGGCACCACGCCCUACAUGCACGACACGCUGUCCGAAUCUCAGCGCCUCGGCUGGGAGGAGCACAUGCCCUCUACGCUCGCGCAGUGGCGCGACGCCGCCGGCAUCAAUCAGUCGCGCGAAGACCAGGCGGCAGCGCGCGAGCGCGAGCGCCUGCGGAAUCGGGAGCGUGCAGAGCAGGAGCGCAGAGCGGCCUUGCAACGCCUGCAAGGCACGCGCAGCAAUGGCAGCGCUCGCAAGAAGACAGCGCGACGAGCCGUGUCGCCUGCUGCGCCGCAUGCGUCGGACGCGUGCGGUGGCGCAGAGCAAGCCGAGGGCUCUGGCUCGGCGAGUACCUCUGCGCUUCCGGCACCUCGACAGCCGCGCAUCCUCGCAUACGAGACGCAGCCCGGCGCCACGCAGCUCGCCACGGCCAGCUCUGCGCGGCGCAAGCCCCUGGUCGCAGCGUCGCGUACGCCAGUCUCGGUCUUUCGCGACUCGCUCGAGCUCGGCCCGACGCAGCCCGAUCUGGGCGGCCGCGCUUCGCCGCCUCGCGACUGGUUCGGCGGCUCGAGCCCGCUGACGUCGGAGCGGUCCGACACGAACUACGAGGCGCUUGCAGUCGAGGCUGCGGCGGCAGCGCCUCCGCCGCAUGUGGUGCAGGACUUUGACGAGCAGAGCCAAACUGCGCCCGGCGGCACGUUCUCCGUCUUUCAGCGUGGCUCCAGCACCGGUCCGCUCGAUCCGACGGGUGCCGCCUUGCCGCCUCCACGCAGCACAUCGCACCGCUCAGCAAGCCAGAUGGCACGCGACGAGCUCAGCGCCGAGCUGUUCGCCUCCUCAUCACCGCGUCAAGAAUCCGCGCGAAAGGCCGACAGUACUACACGCGCGGCGCGCCACUCGUCGCCGCGCCGCAAGAGCGCACUCACGCAGAACGACGCAUCACGAGCCGGCGCAGCCUGGGCCCAGCUCGACCAGACCUGGCUCGGCGUCGACGCCGGGCAGGCUGGGCCGUCCAAUGCGCGUGCAAGCACAAGUAAUCCGCUGGAGCAGGCGCAACUCGGCCACUUUGGCUUCCGGCACACAUCUGCGCCGUCUGCUCAGCGAGAGCACCGUCGCGCUCACGAGCCCAGCGAGCUUCUCAUGCGUGGCUCGCGCGCGUACCUGAGCGACGACGAAGGCGACGAGGAAGAUCCGCAGCGCGCGCGGCUCGACGCCGACGGCGAGGCGACGCUGCCGCUCGCGGGCGCGGCAUCGGACGACGAGACGCAGCCACUGGACGGUAAGGCGUCCGACGAAGAGACGCAGCCACUGCCGCACGCUGCCGACGGCGAGGAGACGCAGCCGCUGCCACACGCCGGCGACGGCGACGAGGAGACGCAGCCGCUGCCGCACGAGGGCGACGAUGACGAGACGCAGCCGCUGUCCGUCGCGUCGUCGCAGACGGAGUCCUCGAGCGGCGAGGACGACGUCGUGCCGCACGGCGCUCUCGCGGCCAUGGAGCGGGAGAUGGCGCGGCAGCGCGCGCCGGCCGAGGCGUAUGCGCUCGUGCCGGACAUGGAGUCGAUGGACACCCAGACGAAGGCCUUUUUCUCGUCGCUGUAAUUCAGACCAUUGUGAUUGUGCGCUCUGACCCUCGCUCGGGGCAAUGGAUGCUGGUGAC